AUGUAUAGAUCAUCAAGCUGGAGCAGAGUUACGGAUGGGUAUUAUUCAUCCCCGAAGGCGGGGAGUAUUACGGGGCUGAGAAUGUCAUCAUCGGUGGACGACAGUAACGAACUGCCCGUAUAUGAUCCCAGUGUAGAGAUGGCUAAUAAGAAAGAGAAGUCAAGGGCUAGGUUUGCAGAGAAUGCUGUACAUAUAAUUCCUUUGGUGCUGCUUGUUUGUGCCUUGAUCCUCUGGUUCUUUUCCAAUCCAGAUGUGGAAGUGGGAACGAAAGUGGAGACGGUAGCAGCCAGAAUCGACGGCUUGACUAUAGAUGGAGACAUAGACAAUGAUAGUGACGGAACUCAAACAGGGUUUUUGCCAAUUGCGGAAGUGGGAGACGUCGACUCCACUAAACAUCCUAAACCUAACAAACCUUCAAGGAAACUGCACUUCUCCUACCCUCAAUUCUUUGAUUCCCUUCUCAUUUAAUUCAUUUCCACAAGCCACCAACAAUA